UGGAUCACAACCCCGGGCGGACCAACUGACAUAGAUGUGACACCAAGGUUGACCAGCUAAGCGACGCGAAGGGUUGAACAGCUAAGCAACGCCAAGGGUUGAACAGCUAAGCGACGCCAAGGGUUGAACAGCUAAACGACGCCAAGGGUUGGCCAGCUAAACGACGCCAAGGGUUGGCCAGCUAAACGACGCCAAGGGUUGGCCAGCUAAACGACGCCAAGGGUUGACAAUGAUGGAGCGAAUGAAGCAAUGGCUGGGGAUGUCACGCGAGUCCAGUCCGACGCGGUCCCCUCCAGCGUCUCCUGCCUCCCACAGACCUGUGAGUCAUGUGUCACGACCCUCGAAUACCUCCCCCAGUAAACCAAGAUCUAUCGACCAAUCAGAAAUCAAGAAGGCAGAAAUGGCGACAUCGUCUUCACUUCCGGCGCCUGUGCGACGUCGGUCAAGGUCAAAGUCACCGAGUAAACAUGGACGUCAGAGGCAGACGAGCAGUGGAAAUCGGACUCUUGGACUGAUAAAGACGUCAGACGACGAAACUUUCUUGCCGCGAGAACAUCAGAAUCCCCAGGUACAGGAAUCCGAUGGAAAUUUCUUUGAGAGCUUUACAGCUCUAGCCUGGAGGCAGGAAAAUAAACGCCUUCGACUAGCAAGUGAGGAUGAGAAAGAGGCAGAAAAACCACCACCUUCGGAAAACAAGUUUGGUGCUAAGCCUAAGCAUCAUCAACUCACCCGGAAAGAGUUUGAGCUGCUUUACAUCGAGGUUCUAUACACCAUCAAGCACAAGAUCGGCACCACCACCAGUUGUCACUCCCCAUUCAUCCAGGACCUCUAUCAGUAUGCCCAGGAGGCAUUCGGGGUGCGGCCAGAAGACCAUGCUCGACUCCUGGCCAAGGCCACCGAGGAGAAGCCUCCAAUUGUCAUCCUCAACAUGACUGUGAUUGAAGCUAACGGACUGUUGGCCAAAGAUGCAGACGGUUUCAGUGACCCGUACUGCAUGCUGGGCAUCCAGCCAGGUCAACCCUCUGAGGGAGAUUCAACUGCCUUGUUUUCAUCGGAUGAGGAGUCAGGGACAAAGACGAAGGAAAAGGAGCGACGUGGACUCCGCAAGUUCUCAACCAGCCUCCGCAAGAAGAAGGACAAAGAGCUUGUGAAGGACCUGGUACCUGCCAAGUACAUCCAGACCACCGCUGUCAUACCCAACACUCUCAACCCUGUGUGGAAUGAAAAGUUUAGAUUUGACUUGGAUUGUGUCCACACCGAUCGGUUCCACCUGGACAUCUGGGAUCAUGAUGAAGAGUUUUCUGUCAUCGAUGCUGCCAAGAGGUUGAAUGAGGUGUCAGGCUUCAAGGGUCUCGGUCGUUUCUUCAAACAGAUUGCUCAGUCAGCCCGCACCAAGAAUGACAGCAGUAUUGAUGAUUUCCUGGGCUGUGUGGAUAUUGGACUUGAUAACAUUCCAUCAGUUGGGCUGGACCAGUGGUACCAACUGCAAGGUAGAUCUUCCAAGUCCAAUAUACAGGGGGAGAUCCACUUGAAGCUGAAGCUGGCUACACGUGAAGAUCGGGGUAUCCCUGAGGAUGACAACUGGACAGACGUCAAACAACAUGAAGAUCUUAUGUGUAUAUUUAUUGAACAUGAAGUCAGAAAAUUUAAUGACCCUUCCUUCAAGUGGUCGGGAGACUUGCCCCAGGCAGCUCUCACUAUCCUCCAUCAGCAUGCCAUACAGGGGGACGUCACAGAGGUGCAGCAGGCCGUCUGUCGCUGGAUGGCCCACAGCCGCCAGCAUGCCAAAUACCCACUCUCCUACAACCUGCUCCUGGCUCACCUGACCAACCUUGACAAGGUGUGGAAGCCCGCCACUCUCUCCAGGGAUGAGGAAGAGAGCCUUGCUGAGUCCUUCAACCUGUUCAUAGAAUACUGCUUGACUCUACUUUGCCGACUACGUGAGACCUUCCCACCGUCAAAUAGGAUGGCUUUCUCGAGGCUAGAGGGUAUGUUCAGGUGUCUGGCAAACAUCUACAACAUGAAGGUGUUCAAGAAGUGCUGCCCAUUCCAGAAGGAGCUGCACUCAGAGAUCACAGCUGUCAUCAAGCGUGGGAAUCUUGACUGGUAUGAGAGAAUCUACAGCAGCUGCAGAUCCCUGACCAAGCGUGAGGAGGACAGCCUACAGAGCCUUAUAGAACUGACAAACCACCUGAAUGCAGACAUCUACCGGGGCAGCCAGUACUACAACAGCAUCUUCGAGAGUCUUGUAAGCGUGAACUACUUUUCAUUCACCUAUCGACAGCUGGAGAAGAUGCUGGCCACGGACAUAAGCAAGGGGCUGGAAGAGGAGCUUGGGGAAGAAGUCAAUCAAGAUAUCUCAGUUAUCCUGAAGAAGAUGGACUGUGACCGAGAACUAGACAGCUCUGGCCCCCCACCACCAACCAUGGGCACAACCUUGUUUGAGCUCUACCUUGCCUUGCAGGAGUUUGCCAGAUACUCGAACAACUUGCAACAUGGAGAGCUGAGGAGUCUGGCUAUCUCCCAGUACUAUGAGUGGUUUGGCUUCGCUGUCAGCAAGUGGCUGUGCAUUGCAAGACACAAGGCACUCAAGAGGAUCCGUAAAGCUGUGGAACUUGAUAAGGUAGCCCAGGUGGAUGCCGUUGUCAAGUACAGCACGUCAGCAGUGGAUGUAUGCUGCUGCUUUGCCCAGAUCACCGAGUUCUGGAAGCAGUUGUCCUGGCCAGAUCUGGUGGGAGCCUACCAGUUUGUACACCGACUAGUCGAGACUCAGGAGGGGCAUGCUUGCAUAUUAUCAUUGUGCUCUGUAUUGCAGCUGUGCAUCACCAUCAACAACAUUGAGCAGGUGCGAAGGUCUCUGUGUGUGCUGCCAGAGUCAUUGGAGUUCAAUGCAAUACAGCGCGCCCUGGAGGCUGCCAACGGAGACGGAGUGGAACCACUGGAUGCUCAUUCACUGAGGAAGAAGCUGUGUCAGGCCGACUCUGCCAUGAUCAGGAAGAUCACACAAGUAGUGGAUAGAGUGGCUGACAAGAUGCGUCCUGACAUCAAGAAGGAUGUGUUCCACCUGAACUGGGCUCCAGAUUCUCUCCCUGCUGAUGAUGCGGUGGGUGACCUACUUGAGUAUUUGGACAGCAAUCUGCUCACUCUCAACAACAACCUUCUCAAGACCAACUUUGACCGUAUCUUAGAAUCAAUCUGGAUUGAAGUAUUGGAAGAAUUCAAGGACGUUCUUGACAAUGAGGAGGUGAUGCCACCCAUCUUCUACCAACGCAUGUUUGAUGCCCUUGGUCUUCUGGUUGACUUCUUCCAUGCUAAAGGGAAAGGGUUAAACAUGGAGGACAUCCUCUCAGCACAGUUUCAGGAGUUGCGAGACCUGUUGACUUUUCACAAGAUGGACACCAUGUCUCUGAUUGAGACAUUCUACAUGCAGAUGGCAGAGAUCCAGAAGCAGCAAGAGAGUACAGAGUUUGGUAUCCUCAACUUCCGUGCUGUGUACAGAUAUGACUCCCACACACUGUAUGUCGAAG